GUUAUAACAUAGGCUGUAAGCCUUCUCUGCUUACUACAGAAAUUUGAAGUUUGAAACUGAGUAGAGUGGAUUGUUCAACGGUUGCGUUAUAUAUGUAUAGUCCGUCUGAGGUUGCCGCUAAGUGACCUCUAAGACAUGGUCCCAUCAAAAAAUGACAUAAAGUUCACAUGGCUUGCAGCUUGUCUUGUCAGUUUAUAUGGUCUAGGAUCAUGGAUUGUUGUUAAUGGAUUAUGGGUUGAACUACCGUUAUUGGUCAAUGUUCUACCAGAAGGUUGGAGUUUGCCUGCUUACCUGAUAAUCAUUAUACAAAUAGCAAAUGUGGGACCAAUGAUCUAUGUUCCGUUGACAAAAUUUUUCCAAGCUAAAACAAAUGGAUUUUGUUCACGUUGUUUACAACCACCUGAAAGGCUAGCCAACUAUUUAAUACUUGCCGUCGGUCUAAUAUCAUGCGUAUUGAUUUCGCAGUUUUGGAACUCGGUAGCUUAUGUAUCAAUAUUAAAACCCGGUUACCAUAGUAUUGGAUUAUUUGUUUUAGCUUUGUUUGCUUCAAUUGUUGAUUGUACAUCAUCGGUUACAUUUAUUACCUAUUUGAAUGGAAUGCCUCAAUUGUAUGUAGGUGCAUUACAUUUCGGUGAAGCAUUUAGUGAUUUAGUUCCAAGUAUAUUAGCCCUUAUUCAAGGAGUUGGGUCAGAACCGGAAUGUAUCAAUAAAACAGUUAAUGAUACACUUCAUGUGGUCCCUUUUUAUCCACCACCACGUUUCUCUGUCAGUACAUUCAUAUAUCUAUUAUGUAUUGUUUUGUUGUUAUCUUUAACUGCAUUCACAUUAUUGGAUUGUUCACCUAUUGGUUUAGGUCAAGUUAUUCAUGAACAUUAUCGAAAAACUAAUUUCAUAUUAGAAUCUAAUGCAAAUAUUCAUAGCAUAAGUCACAAUAAUCUAGAAAGAUUUAAAUCAAAUGAAGAUCAACAUAUUUCUAAUGAUAUCUUCGAAAACAUUCAAAAUGUUGAUGUUUCUGUGUUGAAUCAUAAUGAACAAGCUGUACAGUCUCAUAAUGAUGUUAAUAUUACAAAACAGCUUGGACCAAACACAUUUUUAUCAUGUUUACUUAUCAUUUACAUUAGUGCAUCAAAUUAUGGAUUUCUACCAGCCAUACAAUCUUAUUCAUGUGCUGCGUAUGGCUCGCUUACAUAUCAUUUAGCAGUUACACUGUCAGGAUCAUUCUCUGCUGCAAUGACAGUGUUAACUACAUUUCUUGUCAAUCAUUAUUCUAGGGAAAUAGAUAGUACUGAUGAAUCAACAUUCGAAAAUUUGCAAACUAUGAACCAUGAAUUAAAUGAACAGAAUCAAAUUUGUUACAUACAAAAACCUGACAUAAUUAUGCAUAAUGCAUAUACGCGUUCACUUCAAAAUAAAUGGAUUAGUAUUUCACUCAUCUCUUUGAUACCUGUUGCUUACGUUAUAUAUUUGGCGAGUUCAAGUCCCAAUCCACCAUAUUUGGGUGGUUUCGGUUCUGCCAGUGCUAUCCUGGCUUGGAUUGCGAUACGCUGUUUAUUUGCCAGUUUGCGCACAUGGAUAUGGAUGAGUUUGUCUAGCCAUUCCCAUAGACCAACGCGACUCAGAUUAGCUGGGUUAUCUACACAAUUCGGAGCAGCACUCGGUGCAAUUUUAGGCUUCAUAUUAGUUGUUUAUUUUCAGCUAUUUAAAAAUAAACUACCUUGUCUUCAAGUGUAAUUUUUAUUGAAACUCAUGUAAUAAUGUCUUUCAUACUUCAACAUAUUUAUGUAUAGAUCAUAUUUCAGAAAUGGCAAAAAUACAUUAUUGUUGAUUACUUAGCUAGUAUUUUUAAAGACUAAUUUCUGUGUAUUUAUGAAUACUAAUUUAUUGUAGGUAUCUUAUAAUAUUUUCGUAAUUAUAUACUGUUUAUCUGUGACGACUUGUCAUUUUUCAGGGCUUCACUUAUACAUUGCUUGAUUUGCAACUACGAAGCAGUAAAUUUAUUGGUCAACAUGUUAGCUGUUGAAUUUUGUUCACGAAAAGAUUUGACGGUCAUUCUGAAAAUUAGCUACAGGUUUUGUAUGAAAUUCAGGCAAUGAAUGAAAGAAAAAUUUCAGAGGUGAAAGUAGGUAGCCGCAAACAAACAAUUGUCCAGUAAGCAUAGUAAGGAAACAUGAGCUACUUAUGAUAAUAUCUAUUCACAAGUUGAAUGAAGAAUUGAUAUAUAACGAACAAUGUUGUAAGCAAAGGUGGAUGGUGGCUAGCAGUGGGAUC